CGCGGCGGCCGCAGCCAUGGGCGCUGGGCCUGCGGGGGCGCGGAGGGGGCUCGAGGAACUGCCGGGCGGGGCUGGGGAGACCGCCGCCGGGACUGGCCCUCGACGCUGAGCCGCAGUGGGGUCCCCGCCGGCGCUGCGAGGGCCUGUGAGCUCGAGCGAGGCGCGUCGGAGGAGCCGGGCAGUCCCCGGCCACCUCAAGUGGGGGGGACUUGCCUGGCCGCCGGGAGGAUCGAGAGGACCCUGUGGGCACAUCUGGGGGUGCCUGGACCCCGCCGGGUACGUUUCAGGGGCCGGGGCGCGUCCUCAGAGGCCGCCGCACACCGGCGGGGGAACCGCCGGGGCCCAGCGCCGCCUGGGUCGAGCCCCCGGGGCGUCCCUGGAUGGCUGAGCUGCCCCCUUGCCGGCCGCCCGGGCGCCGCAGCGGCUGAGAUCGCUGGGAUCGCCGGGCCGCCGCCCUCGCCGCCCCCUGCAUGCCCGGCGCCCGGGUCGCGGCCCACCUGGACGCGCUGGGCCCCCUGGUCCCCUACGUGCCACCGUCGCUGCUGCCCUCUAUGUUCUACGUGGGCCUGUUUUUCGUCAAUGUGCUGAUCCUAUACUACGCCUUCCUCAUGGAGUACAUUGUCCUCAACGUGGGCCUCGUCUUCCUGCCCGAGGACAUGGACCAGGCGCUGGUGGACCUUGGCGUGCUCUCCGAUCCCGGCUCCGGCCUCUACGAUGCCGAUUCGGAACUCGAUGUCUUCGAUGGUUACUUGGAGUAGGCUUGGCUACCGUCCUCCCCUGCCCCCAACGACCCGCACCCCUCGACCUGGACCAGCCCCCCAAAUCAUGCCGCCGCUACUGGUUGGGGGCAUCGUCGGGCCAGGGAUGGAAUCCCCAGGACGAGGCUGUCUCCGGCCUCCAAGACCUGCCUGCUUCCCCCAAAAGCUCCAUGCCAACAGAGAGGUUUCCGUCCAGACCCAGGAGGGUGGGACAGAGAGAUUGAAACUGAGAGCGGAGGCCCAGAAGGCCUUUGCCCCUGCCCGAGGGGAAAGGCAAGGGCAUCUGAAGACCUCCCCCGCCCGCAGCGUCGCACACACAGCCUUGCCUUGGCUUAUGACCUUUCGCAGUUGCGAUGGAUGUUUACAAGAACCCAGCCAGAGCCUGCCUCGCCGCUCCUCACCCCCGGCUGCACCUGCUUCUCCCACUUAAUCUUCCUAGAGAAUACUUCAAAGUGCGGAC